GCUCAAUCAAUUCAGCCGCAGCCAUGAAAAUUCUUGAAGCCCAGUCUGCUGUUCUCACAAACUAUGAGGUGUACGAGCACCUCACGGAACAGCGUGAACGAUACAAGAGUGCCAAGCGCAGAGGACCCCCAAACCUUGAGACGGUUGUUCGUGAGCUUCUCCAAUAUAUUCGCACACCUCCUGGCCCUUUGAGCCAAGAACCGUUGUCAUACACCGAGGGCUGCAUCUCUCAACUUUUGCAGCGCCUACGGCCCUACAACCUCGCCAAGGGCGAAGUUGUCAUGAUCAUCAACCUGCGCCCCGCCUCAGUCGCUGCUCUCAACACAGUUGUUGAGGAGAUGACCGAACGGUUCAACGAGGAGCAGCAGGAAGCCAUGGUCAACAUCAUUGCUGAAGUCCUGGGCCAGUUCCCUGCCCCUGAAGAGGAAGGCGCUGAAGAAGGUGGUGCCGAUGUUUCAAUGAACGACGCCGCUGCUUGAAUUAUCCUAUCGCCAAUACAACGCCAAAUUACACACCCGCUCAACCUGCCACUUCAUCCCAUGCAUUAUCCUCCUAGAAAACUCACAGUAUGGAGCAUGAGCUUGCGCUCUGGCUGUUUGUGCCUGUCGUUGGAGUCACUGCUGUCUUGCACAGGUCCUCGAACGCCAGCUUCAACAACUCGCCCGUUACUGCAGAACAUUCUACAUAUCGGUCCGCCCUGA